ACAACUGGGAAAGAGCUGAGACCACUGGGCAAGACCAGAAACUACAGGGUGCGCUUCGAAACAAUGGACAGACCAGUGGACGACAUAACAGGAACUGCCACAUAACCGGGACUGCCAAGUCCACUGUCAUCUGUUUUACCAUGUACGACAUUCCAUUUGGAUUAACUUUGAAACUUUAAAUUUCAGAAGACACAAUCAAAAUGGCAAGCCGAGGAUUUCUAUUCGUCAAAUGUGGAGACAAAAAGAUAUAAUGGAAAAGGGCAGACUUGAAAAACGUUUAAAAUCCUACGAAAGGGAGGUAAUGAGGUAUGCCCACAUCAUAGACCGCGAGAAAAGGGCCAUCAUCCGGGAUUUCGAAGCCGUGAGACGAACAUCUGGAAAUAGUGAUCUGGCAAUUCCACCGAAUGGACAACGAGACAAUAUUUAUGCCGAAUCUUCGUAUUCGAAAUCGGGAUUCAGACUCAGUGAGAAAAGACUUAUGGAGUGGAAACUGUCGGAAAAAGAACUCGAAAGAUUUUUAAAAAGGACGCAAGUCGGAAAAAAUAUGUUUCCGCGUGAUACGAGUUACGACAACAGACGACCAAAAACAAGCAUGGGUCGUAACAGCAAGACUAAUAACGGAUUUAUUAAUGGUAGAAGGCCAAAAACUGGUGUUCUGACUUUGACAGGUCAAUAUCCAGAAAUUCAAAGUCAAGCUAAAAUAUUCAGACUCUAUCUUAAUAAUGACGGAAUUGAGUCGAAGUUAGAGUACCAGAAUAAAGACGAAAAAACGCUCCGAUUGGAUAAAAGUCAUUUUAUUAAGAUUCCCGCAAAUGGCUACAUAAAAGAGGAAGCUUGUGAUGAUUUGAAUGAUGAAGUGGUUGCUACCACGGAAGAACAGCCAGUUUCAGAUGAUGAUAAGGUUGAAAGGUCGCUCAGUAGACGUAGCAUGAAGUCGGCAUGCUGCCCAGGACGACGGAGCAGGUGCCGAAGUCGCGUGGACUUAGUUCAAGAGUCAAAAGAAGUCAAUUUCCCACGAUCGAGAAGACUUUCCAGGUCAUCAAACAGUCCAAAAACUAAAGGAGACAGAGCAGCGAGUAUCACCAGAAUUUAUAGCUCUCCAUCCAGGCGAUCGUCCUUAGACUCGCCAAGAACUCCGCCAAAACGGAGAAACGGUUCGAUAUCAAGAAAGUGCUCUCAGUCUAUGGACGCUAGGAGAUCAUCUUCAUCGCUAAAACGAGUCGACUCCUUUUCACGGAGAUCAUCUACGACUCGCAACCCAAUUAGCAACAGCGACGAAAAUCUCAGCAACAAAGCUGCGUCCAAGCAAAACGAUCUGGGCAAUAAGCAAGACUUUACGGAAAACAAAGAUAGUUUAAGCAACCAAAAUCCGGAAUCUGAAAAUCUACAGGAAUGUGGUGAAUCACAAAGUUUGCUAAAAAGUUCGGAAUUAAGUUCUUUUGGUGAAAUGGGUCAGUUUAAUUCAUCUAAUGCUGCUGACUUGGAGAACAGCGACCAACGUGCUGAAAACCCCCAAAAGCCAAGAAGGGUGUUGGGGAAUAACAAUAUUCGAUCGAAAAGAUCCGAGAGUAUUCAGACAAGGAAGCGACUAGGGAGGAAUCCACAAUCCAUUCGGAGCAAAACAAAUACUCCGAGCGGUAAUUCACGGCGCGGAUACGUAGAAAGUGUUAUCAACUCUAAUAAAAACGGAACAAUUAUGGAAUCGCCACGCACCUCGAGUCGUUAUUCACCUCCUGCUAUUGGUAUUUACCAGGGGAAGUCGGGGGAUCCGGGCAGUAGCCAUCAACCAAUAACUUCAGAGGAACCUGUUUUCUUUUCUGAUAGUGAAGAGCCCCAGCUUGACUUGUCAUACCCGGAUACAAAUGUUUCCAGGAGAAGUAGUAAAAGACACGUUAUUAGAAAGGCGCGUUUUAAUUUACAUAAUAAAGCUAGAAAGGGUGGGUUAAUUGGUUCAAAAUCUAACGAACCGAGAAUAAUUCCUUCCGUGAAGAGGGGGGAAGGGCGAGGUUCAGCGGGUGGAAGUAUAAAACCAUCACAACAUAAUUCAAGAAAUUUCGAUUCUAAUGAUCGGAACAGCAAACCUUCGAUUCCAUCCACUUCUGUGACCAUGAUGAACGCGUCAACAUCAUCAACUGGUUGUGUCAUUAGACGAUCAACGUCAUCGUCUGCUGCAAGUUCCCAUCCCAGACCACCUAUAUCAUCUGCUGCCUCGGGGUCGACAGUAGCAUCAACUACUGAUGUUUCUAGACCACACACGUCAUCGACGAUUGGCACCAGGAGGUCGCCAGCUUCGACUACUCCCAUUGCAAAAAGACCGUCAACAUCGUCCAAUUCAGAUACCACGAGACCACCAACGUCAUCAGAUCAUAAUACCAUGAGACCUUCAACGUCACCAAAUCGUAAUACCACGAGACCUUCAACGUCAUCGGAUCUUAAUGCCACUAGACCGCCAACGUCAACGAGACAUAAUUCCACAAGACCGUCAACGUCAUCGGAUCUUAAUGCCACAAGAACGUCGACGUCAUCGAGACAUAAUACCACAAGACCGUCAACGUCCGCGAUUCGAGAUUUCGUUGUUGAUCAAUUGGCGUCGCUAGGCGAUGGAAAUAUAAGACCACUCACCUCUUCUCCCAGUGACCAAAGUAGACCAACAACAUCCUCUACACGUCAAAGAAAAUGGAACUCUGAUGUUUGUAUUGAUUAUCCGCCGGCGAUUCACGCUAAAAAUAACAUCAAUUCCGUUUUUAAAGUUGCCAUGGUUUUCUCGAAAUCCGCGAGAAAAACACGACUAAACAAAUUAGUGGAUGAAUUUAGUCCUGAUUUACGUCAGAUGGUUCGAGAAGAAAGACUAACUGAAUUAAAAUCACGAUCAUCUCAGCUCUCGAAUCUGGCUAGUCAGUUUAACAUCGAGUAA